CAAGCCCAGCAUCUUUGGAUCUUAUUCCGUUAAGAAGAUUCGACGGAUUUCAAUAUGAGACUGCUGACGUCCUUCACAGCUUUUGCGCUGGUCGGCCUUCUGGUUGCCGCUCCCACCUCUAACGAUGAAGACGAUGUGAAAGUUCUAGUAACACCAGAGUUCUACAUCAAAGAUUUGGUUGAAUAUAAGGCAGAACAUGACAUCGUCAAAUUGGUUGUACCUCUUAACGCGCUCAACUUUGAUGAAGCCGAAUCAUCAUCUGAAUGGGACGAAAUGGUCAGUAAAUUUGUAGCAUUCUUCGUUGAAGCUGAUGUCCAGCCAGAUGGCAGCCGUGUAGAUCAAGGAUUGUACGUCCUCAAGGAUGGAAAGGCCAAGAAAAUUUUAGACAACGGCAGAGAUGCAGCUGCUGCGGCAGGCGACGACAGCAAAAAAGUUUUCUUUGGAGCCAAAGACGGGCUUUACAAGUACAAUCUAGAGACAAACUCCGCUGACAAAUAUGGACCAAUUACGGAUAACAUUAUUGCAAUGGAUAUGGAGAGACUUGGUGAAGUAAUUUACAUUUUGACCGAAGAUCGUGACGUGUACAAAGUUACUUAUAACGAAUUCAAAAUGAGACUCCUGUCAUGCUUCACAACUUUUGCGCUGAUCAGUCUACUGGUUGCCGAUCCCAUCCCUUAUAACGAAGAUGAUCCUCUUGUAGUAACAAUGGAUUAUUACAGGGAUGAACUUGUCAUAUAUAGAGGAAAGUAUGACAUAGUCAAAAUACUUGUUCCAAUUAACUCACUUAACUUCGACGAAUCGGAUUCCAAUGAAUCAGAAUCAAUUGAAGAUGAUUCCGACAUCUUCUUAUUCUUUGUAGAAGCUGAAGAACAGCCUAACGGAACUCGUCAAGAUAAAGGACUCUACGUUUUCAAGGAAGGAAAAGCUACAAAGAUCCUCGCCAACGGCAGAGAUGCUGCUGCAUCAGGAGACGAUAGUAAACUAGUUUUCUUUGGCGCUGCAGAUGGAAUCUAUGUAUAUAACAAAACAACUAAUUCUGCUGACAAGUAUGGACCAAUAACAGACAGCAUCAUCGCAAUCGCUAAAGAAAAAUCAGGAGAUGUGCUAUACAUUUUGACUGAAGACCGUGAAGUAUUCAAAGUUAGUGACAACGGUGAGAAAAAAGAGAAAUUAGAUGAUGUCGUGAACGCUAAAGAAAUUGUUUUGGAUUACUCCGAUAAUCUGUACUUCUUUGCCGAUGAUAAGAUACCGUAUGUGCGUACAAUUGAUGGUGUAAACCCAAUAGAAGGUCUGCCUGAAGAUCUUUCCAAUGUCAAACUCAUAAAGCCGCCAUUCAUUCUCGAUGACUCUGUACCAUUCUUAGCUGAUAACAAAGUAUACAUCAUAAGCAGUAAUGGUUCAAGUGAAGUAAGUGAUAUUGAAUUCAAAUCAAAAGCAAAGCCGACUGCGUAUGCUCCAGAAGCAGCAUUGGUCCAAUACUAUGCUUUUGACAAGAAAAUCUAUGAAUACAACAUCUUGAAGCUGCUCAUGGAAGCUGCGACGGAGGAACUCAGCAAAUAUCUCAACUCCAAAGCAACUGAUAUCAGAACGCUUGCUUCAAAGACCAAAAGUCAGGCGGCGCUCACGAAAACUAAACCUAAAGCUUAAUGGAAUCAUAUAAUAAAACAAAAUAUUCUGAUGAAAUAUAA